AAUAGUUUAUUAAAAGCAACAUGCACACAUUGGGUCGACUCCAUGGCAGAUUUCAGUUCCAGAGACUGUUCUUGCCUCCUUCCUUCUCUUUCUCAUCCUCCGUAGUCUCUCCUAAACUAACCAGAGCCAGUUCCACCCGGUCAGCAGGCCCUCCUCCUUCUCAAUAUCAGGCCACUGAAACUUACUCUGACACGAGGUCUGACAUGAUGAUUGGUUCUUUAUUAUCUUCAAUAUUACGAGCAGAAUCACUCAACUCCUCAAUGGAAAUAUUGGGAAGGUACAAGGAGCCUCUUAUUGUCUUUGAUAGGUUGCAAGUUUUGAAAGCUGUGUCUCAAACGAGCUUUCAGGGUAAGGCCAGUAUAAAAUCCUCUCCACUAAAAAAUAAAAAUAAUGAAACUCUUCAGAAACUUUGCAAUGACAUUACAAGAGACGUGCAUUUGCUGUCAUUGCCAGACCUGGUUCAACUACUCUCUUAUUUUGGUAAAUUAAAAACUAACAUUAACCCAAGAGCAGCUGAUACCAUUUUAUCUUUGAUAGAAGAAAGCGGUAAAAGUUUAUCUGAACUCCCACCUGAGGACAUACGCUCUAUUGUUAAUUCUUUAGUUCUCUUUAACAUUAAAACAGGGCGGACAGAAUUGAUUGACCAUAUUGCAGCCAUCGUUGCACAUCAACUCACCAGCAAGACUUUUGAUUGUCAUGUCUCGCUAAGGGAGAUUUGCAGGGGUUUUGCUAGACUUGGAAGAUGGCCGAAAGAGUUAACAGAUCCACUGUUAGGUUACCUGUACAGGAGUAUUGAUGUAAUGGAUGAUUUUUCUGUAGCAAUCAUUAUCUGGUCUUUGCAGAAAAGCAACAUUCCUCUUAAAGAUUGGAUCUUUGAGAAAGCAUCAACAUUAAUACUUGAAAGUGAAUCCACUAGUGUCGUAUCGCAUUUACUGUGGGUGUCAGGAAAGUCAUUGCAUUACUACAGUAAAGAGUUUUAUGACAAGAUGAGAGAGAUCUUGUUAUCCAGUAAAGCAAGACAUUGGUGCGACCCACGUCUGUUGUCACAUAUGCUUUGGAUGCUUGCAAAAGUGAGACAUUAUGAUCCAGUACUGUUGGACAGAGCAGCUGAAGUUGCAUUACCGCUACUUUGUAGAAUGGAGCCACACACUUUAUCUAGUUUUGUGUAUGCCUAUGGGUAUUUCAAUCAUCCUUCACCAGCUUUGUUUAAAGCACUUGAAGAGCUUUUGGUCUCCUAUGGAAGUACUUAUGCGUUUCAAAAUUCACAAGCUUUUGUCAACAUUUUGUGGUCUUUUCUUGUCCUUGAGUUGUAUCCAGUACCUUUGAUUGUGCAGGUUUUCAAAGACGAAUUUAUAAAAGUUAACAAUUACCUUCCUACUGUACUACAGCUGGACAAUGCAUCAAUGACUAACCCCCACCUCUCCCUUCCCUCUCUCUCUCCUUCUCAACGUUCCUCCAUUUUAUCACAAACACUGACAGAAAAGCCCAUUACAAAAUCAAAAUUGGAAAAGAAUAUCAGAGAAACACUAAACAAGUUACUUCACUCAUCAAAAGGAGACUCAAGUUAUUUAUUUAAUGCUGAGAAGCUUCAUAUCCCAGAAGCUUAUAUGCCUAAUGGCUACUCUGUUGAUGCUGAGAUCUUGUUAGAUGCAAAUGAUGAUCCUAUACCACCUGGAAAUCAAAAUUUUAAAUGGAGUCAAGCUGGUUUGAAACAGCUUUGCAUGGAGGAUGUGCCUGUUUCUCAGAAAAGGUUAUCCAAAAUAUUCAAAGAUACUAAGAAUAAAGGUGAAGGGUUGUAUAAUAUAUCCAGUGGAUGGACUGAUGGAGGGAGAGUUGCAGCUGCUAAAAGGAGAAUAAUAAUUGAGAUUGAAGGCCCAUUUCAUUAUGCUGUCAAUAUUAAACAUGAGCUUGGAAAAAGUGUCAUAAAGAGGAGGCAGCUGGAAGCUUUCGGCUGGGAAUUCAUACAAGUUCCGUACUACAAAUGGUACCCAUUUCGUAACAACUACAAAGCUAAAUGGGAAUACUUGAAAAGAAAUUAUUUACAAAAAAAGACAAUUGAGAAAUAGAGCAAAUAUUUGUGCAAUU